AUGGAGAUGGAUGAUACACAUAUGAACCUUUUAAAGGACAUGAUCUUAGAUGAAGGAAAAUUGGUUACUUAUUUAACAUUGGCAAAAGAUCUUUGUAUACACAUUAACAAUAGUAAACUAUUGAUGCAUAGUUUUAUUAAAUCUACUCGUAAAGGGAAUCCUAAACUAGAACUUAACAUAAACUUUUUGAUAUCUGGUUUAAUUGACGAAAAUAAAGUCAGGGUAACCGUUUGCUCUGAAGAUAAGUUGGAAGAACAUAAGAAAACGUUUAAAACUGUCUAUUUCAUUCACAUAUAUAGUAUUUCCAAAGGACGGCCAAAGGAAAAUUCGGCAGCAUUGGUAAGCGUAAUUAAAUAUGAUGAUUUUAACUUAUGUCCAGGCAUUAUUAAAAGUCAGGCCAGUAUCAAGAGAUCUGAUGUAGAAAUUGGUAUUCUUAAAAGUAGCAGUCAGAAAAAGAUUGUAAAUCAGGUAGAUCCACAACCAAAAAAGGCUAAACAAGAAGAUAAAUUGAAACCUUUGAAGAAUGUACACGAAAUCAAUGGUAAAGCCCUUAAAUCUGAACCUGAUAUAGAUAUCAAGAAAGAAAUUAUUUCCCCUAAAAAGGAUUUUAAACCCAAUAACAAACCUAGUUCUCACAAGGGAAUUGCGGGAUUUUUCAAUAAACAAAAUGGAAUUGGCAACAAAAAAGAAAAUAAGAUUACAGUAGAUUUAAAGGCUACUAGCCAAAAAGCAGCAGAUGUUUCUAAACCAGAACAGAAUGCUUUAAAUGAUAUAAUGGAUGUUGAUAAUCAAGAAGAAACAGAAGUUAAAAAGGAAGCAAGAAAGGAAAAUAUGAUGAAUGAUAAUAAAAUAUUAAAUAAUAUUAAAAAACAUUCAAAAGUAGAUAAAAAACGCAAAAGGGUUUUGCGGGUUUCUGACAGUGAUAGUGAAGAAGAGAAUGAUCCUUUUGUUGCUGAGGAAAACAAGGAAAUUGCUAAUGAAUCUGAUGAAGAAAUUCCACCAACUCCAGUUGCAAAUAAUUUAAAAAUAACAUCGGGAAUUGUGAAUCCUAGAAAGAAGAGAAAGGUUGUAGAUAAAACAUAUAUGAGUGAUGAUGGUUACAUAAUUACUAAAAGAGAAGAGGUGUAUGAAAGCUGUUCUGAUUCUGAAAGUGUGGACAAAGAGGUGUCAAUAAAAAAAGAAAUUAAAGAAGAGAAAUUACAAAUUUCUCCAAAAAGAAAACCCAAGGAAGUGAAGAAUUCACCAAAGAAGAAAAAAGUUUCCCCACCUCAAAAGGGAAAACAAGCUACAUUAAUGAAUUUUUUCAAAAAAAAGUGA